GCAUGCCCUUUAAGACGCGCGUUUUCUUUCUCUUUCUCUCUGUCUCUCUCUCUCUCUCUCUCUAUGUGUGUGUGUGUGUGCUCUUUCUCCCGUUCUCUUUCCUUCUUUCUCUCUCUCUCUCUCUCUCUCUCUCUCUCUCUCUCUCUCUCUCUCUCUCUCUCUCUCUCUCUCUCUUCCUCCGAUCGCUCACGAGCGUUAAUUGUGGUAGUAAAUGGUGUUGCUAUUUCUAUUACUAUUGUCGACGAUGGUGGUAAUGGUAAUGAUGGUGAUGAUGGUGAUGAUGAUGGUGGUGGUGGUGUCCGGUGAUCGCUCUACCUUCGAGCGAGAAAUUCCUUUUGCCGCUUUAAGCCCGGUUUACUCUGUUGACGUUCGCGAUCGCGUAUCGGCGCUCGAUUGGUAGCACGAUCCGUGACCCGCCAAUCGUCGAGACGGGAAGUUUUUCCUUGCGAAUGUCAAGCCGUCGACACGGAUGCAGGACCGAUCUCGACAAUAGACGUUCGCUCAACAGUUCGCGCGUUGUCCUUUUUCGCGACACAUCUUUCUUCUUUUGAUCUCUUCGAAGUGAAUGCGUGCUAAGACGCAGAAAUGGCGAAAAAGAGAGAACGAGAGAAAGGUGUCGUAUGUAGGAUUCGAUCUAACGUAAUGCUCGCUUGAAUAUCGUUUCGAAGUGUUGUUCUCCUUAUUGUGGUGUGCACCACUUUUCAACGAUCCACUGUACGCGUGGAUGUGUGUAGUAGGAUCGAAAAAGGUCGUCGAUAGAUAAACUAUUGUUCUGAUUAAGAAAACUUUCCACGAGCAAUAUUGUCCAUGAGAGAAGGUCUCUGUCGCGAUGACCGCGAUAAAACGAUUGAAAAGCAUAUAGAUAUGCCGAUAUAUCGAGACCUAUAUACUUUUGUCAAAGCGAGAAGACUAUUCUACUGCCUGCCAACAAUAGAACGCCCACGCAAUUUGUGAAACAAAUUUCAUUAUAAUAACUUGAUGGCUGUCAGGAAAAUUCUAUAGGCAUUCAAUGUUGAAAGCUUAACGUUAAGGUAUAAAUAGUCGUGUCGAUGAGAAAUACUCUCAUUCUUUGAGAACAAGAUCGAUAAUACGGAUCUGCUAUUUGACUGAAUCCAUAAGCUAAAAGAGAAGAUUAUAAUUUUAGUAAGUCUAUUUUAUUAUAUUGAAAUAAUAUAGAGCAAAAUUAUAAUACUCUAUUCUUUCCUAUCGGUCAAAUUAUCGAGUAAAAGAAUGAAAAUAAAACUCGACGAUAAUCAGAAAUUAAACACAGAUAUUUCUAAGCACUUUGUAUCGCUAUUUAGAGAAAGAAAGAGGGCUUACGAUUGUUUCUGCAUAAUUUCGACGCUGUAAUUAAAUUAAGUAUUUUACUUAAAUAUAGUCUGGUUAAUUCCAGCUAGUGCAUAGUUGUGCGGUGAAAUAAAAUUAUAUGACCGUUCAAGAUACGAUACAGUUAACGUGUGUACAUAGACCAUUGACGAUAAAGAAAAAACUGUGAGAGCAUAGUAGCUAACAUUUUUUUAAACAGAAUGUGUAAAAGUUAUUUUAAACCAUUGUAUGAGUGGGUGUAUAUAACGACGAAGAAGAACGAAGGGAUAAUGAAACGCUUGAAGUAUCCUAUGGAUGGCAGAGGACGUAUUUGCUAACCCUAAUUACAAGAAGGGUUAUAAGUAUGGAUAACUGCGGUUCCGGAGUGGUACAAGUAUUCGUGGGCGAAUGGAGCCCCGAAUACGAAGCGCUAUCCAUCAAAGCUACGAAACAGACCUCCUCGGCGGAAAUAGUCGAAUGUAUUAUCGAGAGAUUGGGUUUGGUGGAUGUUUCCAACGUUUCCAAUGGUUACGAGUUAGCAGAAGUGGUAGGAAAUUCUGUUGGGCAGGAGUGUAAAGAAAGAAGACUUGGUCCUUCCGAAUGCCCCGUAGCUCUUAUGUUACUCUGGCCGAAGAGUGCUGCCCAGCAAGAGUAUUACAGGUUUUACUUGAGGAAAAAGCAAACGGAUUAUUUAUGGUGCGACAGUAGAUUUCCUAUGGAUCCGCAACUAUUAAAGGAUUAUUUCAAUAGAUUCCUGUAUCAACCACGAGACAAAGAAUAUCCAGAUUUAUGCCAGCUUCCUGACCUUAACGAGCAGACGCUUUUGGACAAUCUUCGUGCUAGAUUUUUAGCUGGAAAUAUAUACACCUAUGUCGGCAGCAUAUUGAUCGCUUUAAAUCCGUUUAAAUUUUAUCCCAUCUACAAUCCAAAGUACGUGAAACUUUAUCAAAACAGACGAUUGGGCCCGGACAUACCUCCGCAUAUAUUUGCGAUAGCUGACGCGGCGUAUCAUUGCAUGUUGAAAGAAAAAAGGAAUCAGUGUAUUGUGAUCAGUGGUGAAAGUGGUUCGGGUAAAACGGAAUCAACAAACUUUUUAUUACAUCAUCUAACUGCCUUAAGUCAAAAGGGUUCCCAUGGUAGUGGCGUUGAACAGACGAUACUCAGCGCUGGUCCUGUACUUGAGGCGUUUGGCAAUGCAAAGACCGCACAUAACAAUAAUAGCAGCCGUUUCGGGAAAUUCAUACAAGUGAACUAUAAAGAAAAUGGAAUGGUACAUGGGGCAGUAGUCCAGAAGUAUCUGUUGGAAAAGUCAAGGAUAGUUUCUCAAGGAAGAAACGAAAGGAACUACCACGUUUUUUAUUAUUUAUUAGCUGGGGCAAAUGAACAGGAAAGACAACUUCUACAUUUAGAAAGUUGCGAACGUUAUAAUUAUUUAAACAAAAGUGGCUGUUACGGUCUUGAGAAUAUCGACGAAAGACAUGAAUUUUCGCGGUUGAAGCAGUCUAUGGAGAUGGUGGGAUUCACGCCGGAGAAGCAAAAACGACUUUUUGCAGUUUUAUCGGCCGUUCUUCUACUCGGUAAUGUCGAAUUUCAACCAAGAAAGUCCUAUCAUCAUCACGACGAGGCAGUAGGGGUUAAGAAUCCUGAAGUCGUCGCAUUAAUAUCCGAGUUGCUCAGGGUGAAACAAGAAACUCUUUUGGCAGCAUUAACUGCGAAACGCGCACGAGCUUCUGGCGAAACGUUGGUCAUUAAUUAUAGACUUCCAGAGGCGAUAGCGGCGAGAGACGCAAUGGCCAAGUGUUUAUACGGAGCUUUGUUCGAUUGGAUCGUGCUUCAGGUCAAUCACGCUUUACUCUCUAAGAAGGAUACUCUGAGGGAUCAUCAAGGAAAUAGUAUAGGGGUACUGGAUAUCUUCGGUUUCGAAGAUUUCAAGACGUGCAAUAGCUUCGAACAGUUGUGCAUCAAUUAUGCAAACGAACAAUUGCAGCAUUACUUCAAUCAACACGUUUUUCAAUACGAACAAAGAGAGUAUAGGAAGCAGGGAAUCAGAUGGACAGAUAUAGGAUACAGCGACAAUUCUGGCUGUUUGAAUCUCAUUGAGGGGAAACCAAACGGACUCCUUUGCCUUUUAGAUGAUCAAUGCAACUUCCCAGGUGCAACGAAUGAGACACUGUUGCAAAAAUUUAAUACGGUGCACAAAGAAAAUCCUUUCUACGAAGCGCCGCAAAGACGCGAGGCGGCCUUCGUCGUACGCCAUUACGCAGGGGCUGUCAAAUACCAAGCCGCUAAUAUGAGAGAGAAGAACUUGGACCUGAUGAGACCAGAUGGAGUAGUUGGUGUACUCAAAAACUCAUCCCUGGCUUUUGUACGAGAACUCGUUGGUGCCGAUCCAGUCGCUGUAUUUAGAUGGGCUAUUCUCAGAGCUUUUUUUCGAGCUCAUUUCGCUUUUCAGGAAGCAGGACGUGCGCAUAGACACGGUAGAGCCGACGGUAGUAAAACAUCUGCACAAAACAGGUAUAGGACGCCGAACGAGAAUUUGAUAAGCCAUCUUGUGACGUUAUCGGCCGUCAAUCUAACUAUUAACCGAAUUGCUUCUCACAAACAUACUCGUCCACCCAGCUAUCAGAAGCAACGAAAUGUCUGUUUACCAUCGACCACUCCCACCGCCACAUUAUCCUGCGUACAAAUUGAAAACGACAGUGUAAACAACAAUCGAUUAUCGUGGCCGCAGUUUAGAAACAUUAAUCAGACUCAACACCCGUCGAAUGUAACAACAACGAAGAAUUACAUAAUAAGGGGCAGGGAAGACCAGCCUCAUAGUAAUAAUAAUAAAUUCAGACGGGAUACUCAUACACCGCUAGAGAGGGUGCUUCCGAAAGACGAAGCUAACGUUAUGGAACGCGCUAAUCAAAUCGUCAUGAAAAACAAAUCGUUCCGUCCAAGGGAACGUGGUAAAAAGGGUCUGAAGAAUCUUCAGACUGUGAAAACUCUCGCCGGAAGAACGCAAAGUUACGGGACUGGUCCGGGAAAAGCAAGGAAGCAACCCAUGACCGUGUCGGCACAAUUUCAACAAAGUUUACACAGCCUUAUGGAUACCUUGAAUCAAGCAAAUCCUUUUUUCAUUAGAUGCAUAAAAAGCAACGCCAAUAAAGUACCGAACGAAUUCGACGAAGAAACCGUACAGCGGCAGCUAAGAUACACCGGGAUGUUGGAGACCGUACGGAUCAGACAAGCGGGCUUUAACGUCCGAUUAACGUACGACGAAUUUAUUCAGUUGUAUCGAAUGUUAUUACCUAAAGGGCUUUUGAGUUCGCAAUCGGAUGUACGUGAUUUUUUGUUAACGUUGAAUCUGAAUAGAGACAAUUAUCAGCUUGGAACAACAAAGGUAUUUCUUCGAGAAUCCGAGAAGAUAAAGCUGGAUAUAGAGUUGCAUCAACAAAUCAUUACGAGUAUCACGACGAUACAAAACUGGUUUCGUGCUUGCUUGGAAAGGAGAAGGUUCUUAAGGUUAAAGAACGCGGUGGUGCAAAUUCAAUCGUUUUGGAGAAUGGUAUGUGCCCAACGAUUUGCACAGGCCCUACGUGCGAGAACGGAAGCUGCUAUUCAUAUUCAAACCGUAUGGAGAGGGUACAAACAACGUACAUGGUUUAAAAAAUUAAGAUCCUGCAUAACGAUCUUUCAGGCUUACGUUAGAGGUAACAACUCUAGGAAAGCUUUCAUGGAACUUAAAAGGCGGAGGAAGAGUAUGAGAAAGAUCGAGGAACCGCAGGAAAAUCGGGAUUCCGAGGAGCAUACGCUUCAAAAAAUCACCUACUCGCCUGCCCAUGCGGACGCGGAGGAACCAUUGUCCAUUUGCGAGGAACGUUCCUUGCCGGAGUACACCGUAUCGCCUCGAAAGUUGGAAGCGCAAAAGCGCCUAACGCCGGUCAAGCAAGAAAACUUACGUAGAGAUGCGACCGGCGACACGAGCGUGCCCUACUCCAAGCGGAAAAUUACGAACAAAAGGUUGUUGCACGAGUCGAGCGUCGCGCCGAAAAAUACCGAAACGUUUUACUCCGAAGAAAUUGGCGAGCGCAAGAGCAGCAUCGAGAGUCUCACUAGCCUAAAAAGUUAUGAAUCUCAAGGUAGCGUUAAUAGUUCCGAAUCGCAAGAGAAUUCGAGCUGCAAGCCGGUCCCAAGUACGAGAACGAAACGCGGCGAUCACUCGGCCGUGGCCGUCGCGAACACGAAUUUAGCGACCUCCAACAGACUGUCCUCGAUAAGUAAAAGAACCGAUAGCUCGUCGACGGGUUGUAGCGAUGGCGAAACGGACGGCGAUAUGCCUAACGCCGUGCAAAGUGCUCCGCCCAUUUUCAACGUCGCUCCGUCGUUCACGAAUCCUAGAGAAACGAAAUAUCAUCCGAACGCGAAUUUGAACCGCAGUCCGAAUUCGGAUAUUUGGCGAAGGCGCGCCGAGUAUUCGUCCAUCAAUUACAACGACUACAUAAUGUCGGUGCCUCAGAAAGCGACCGUGACCCGAUCCCCGAACGUUUCUCAAUAUAAGAACAUCGCCGAUAACGUUUUGGAGCACUCUCGGUUGGAACAACCGAACGAAGCUGCAAAUUACAACGUCAAAUUGGACGCCAGCGAACGUUUCAUACGGAUGGAAAAUUCUCGCGAGUCGCGACUGUCGGGGGAUCGCUUGGAAAAUCUACCGAUCUCGCCGUCACGACGGGAGCAAAACUACGGAUUGUGCAAAGACGUCAAAGAGAUCAAUUAUUUGAGAAGGCAAAAUUCCGAAGGCGACAGCACCGCCAAGGCGGAGCCAGCGAACGACGAGAACGCCGCGAAGAACGUACUCGCGAGAAGGACGGAUCUUAAAGACAAAAAUUCUAGGCCGAAGGACAAAUUCGAGCCGGACGUGCCGGUGAGGAGUGCCAGACGAAAUCGACCAUCGAGGGAGGUCCAAUGCAGAUCCAUGGGCGAGAGCGCCUCGGACACCAGCGCCGGAGAGACGAGGAGUCUCUUCCUCGGUACCAUUAAGGAGACCGACAUGAAGCGCAUGGAAAAUAUCAACGUAUGGACGAGAAAGGACAAUCCGAGCGAGGCCACCUCUAGAUCGGUCACCGAUUGGCCAGUGAAUAAGAACGAAACGGUUUACAAGGGCCAGCAGCCGGGGAAGCGAAUGAGAUCGAACGCCAUAACGACCUUGGAACUUCGAAGAAGAAAUUCCGAUCCAGCUACGAAGAUAUCCGCGUUGAACGACGACAAGCCCGGCGCGGACACCAGCCCGAACGAACUGAAACUCGCCCCUGGUAUGAAUCUGUUGGAGUGGAAGGGCAACAAUCUCUUUACCUUGGCCGGUCAUCGUUUCAGAAAAGUAGCGCGUUUCGCGAAAGACGACGUAUGCGUUUGUUGUCACGAGAAGAUGGACGCCUUUGUUACCCAAGGAUACAAGUGCGUCGAUUGCAAACAACUGUAUCACGUAAAGUGCAUUCAGAAUGGAGGAGUACUCAAAAUGCCAUGUCUCUUGGCGAACACGCCAAACAGACGGAAAAACAGAAAGCCACCGCGUACACCGUACGACGCUAGCAAACAAGCGGUGGCUUCGAAAUUCAGUCUCACCGGUACCUCGGCUUUCUCCGACAGUACGGAUAAGAUCAUAUCCGAUGCCAAAGAAUUGGCGCUCAUGCAGGACUUUAUUACUAAAAAGAUAUACAUAAUGGAGGCUCAAGAGGAAGGUAGAAAGCCCAGCGAGGUGGAUCGCGUUUUUAAGCAGGCGUUGCGUAAAUUCAAAGACGAGCUGGUGAUUACUUACAGCGUUGCGAUUCAACAGGGCGUGGAAGGAAACAUCAAGUACACCGAUCUGAUAGCGAAUUUUCUUCACGUUAUGGAGACCGUCUGUAAGCAAGAAAAUACCAGCGAGGAUUUUCCCGUGACAAUGGGCGUUAAUGCCUUCAGAGGAUUUAUGAACGAAUUCAUGACGUUGGUUAAGACCGAAGCGCCGGAGAAGCAAAGCAAGAGCAAGCGGAAAAAGGAAAAGAAACGGAAACAAGAGGAGCCUAUACGACAUGGUAAUCACAUGUUCCAAUUAACCAUCAUCAAUAUACCCACCGCUUGCGAAGUUUGUACUUCGUUCUUCAUGUGGCCGAUCGAACGAGGACUCGUUUGCCAAAAUUGCAAGCUGACCUGUCACAAGAAGUGUUACACAAAGGCAACGCCCGAGUGCGGAAAGGAAGCGUCCAUGCUCGAAGCGAAUUCGCGUAGAGUUUUCGGUGUUCCGUUGUACAAAUUGGACUGCGGCGACGGCAAAGUACCCCUGGUAGUCGAUCGAUUGAUCACGACCAUAGAGAUGCACGGAUUGUACACGGAGGGUAUAUACAGAAAGAGCGGAGUGAGUUCGAAAGUACGAGAGCUCAAGGUUAAAAUGGACGAGGGUGAUUUGGAGAAGGUGGACUUUGAGAACUAUCAGGUACACGUUCUGGCAGCCGUUUUGAAGAGCUUCUUCCGAGAUAUGCCGGAGCCUCUGUUGACUUUCGAAUACUACGACGAUUUCCUUCACGCCGCGAACUUGACCGACCCUCACGAUAGAAUCAGCACGCUCUUUGCGAUUCUGAAGAAAUUGCCGAAGCCGAAUUUCGAUCUGAUGGAACGAUUGAUCGUGCAUCUAGCGAGAGUGGCGUUGCACGAAGUCGACAAUCGAAUGUCGCCGUCCGCCUUGGCGAUCGUUUUCGCUCCGUGUAUAUUGAGAACGAAUCGAACCCUGCCGGCGCAAGAUUCGCUUCAAGACGUGGGCAGACAGACCCGCUGCGUGGAAACGAUCGUACACGAGAAAUUGCGAGUCGUAAGAGCGACUUUGGCCGACAUAAAUACCUUGGAGUCCGCUUGCCACACGGCGACCCAUCGACUCUCGAGCUUAAGGUCCUCCAAGAUAUUUAGUCCGGAAGAGCUGAACGUAGCGACGUCGAAUAUAACGGCACGAAGCGUGGGUGCCGACAGGGAGAGAGAUCGAGGGGACGAAGAGGAAGCGUUGCUCGUCGAUCACAUACAGGAGAUCCAAAAGGAGAAGGCUUUAUUGACGUCCACGUUACCGAGCUUAACCCGCGCUUCUUCGGACGACGAUCUCCUUCUCUCUGCUACGGAUUUGGACGACGGAUCUCUCGACGAUUUGCUUCCACCUUCCGCCGACGGUCUGGUACGAAAGAAACCCAUACAGAGGCAAAGCUCGGCGGACAACGCUUUUCCCACUAUCAUAAGCGUCGACGAGGACAUGGUGAUGGUAUGACCACAGUCGUCCACAGGCAACAUGUCCGUGAAACUCGGACGAUAAAAAAAGUGUAGCAGCAUGACAAGCUUCGCAUGGUUCCGUCUCUCGACGGCCGCCAAUUCUGGUCUCAUCCGAAAGACGCCGAGUUAUUUUAUUCGCUAGUUAAGACGACUUUUAUGUAGGUCUAGUAAUUUGUCAACCCUUUAGGAUCUCAAGCCGCUGAUUUUUGGGUCGUCGCUUACUUCCAUCGUUCCGUGGUUAAAAACGUUUCGUCAAAUUUUAUUUAGGAAAACGUAGCUCGCCCCGGCGUGGCGAUUUACAUAUCGCGACGUCGACCUAAUAUCGCUGUAAAAACUAUUCUUUUCCUGGGAUACAUUCCUUUUACCGAAGACUGUCAACGCUAAAUCAGCGUCUCUUUCGAGAGCUCAUCUUCGACCACCGCAAAUACUUCUUUUUUCUUCAUUUUUAUUUCAUACGUCGAUGUAACGAACGCAUCGUUCCUUGGAAAUCAUUCGUACUCUUUAUCUCUCGCAGGCAUUCGAAAACCUUUCAAUUCUAUACCUUGGUAAGGAGUUCCGCUCGAUAAGAAUUAAAUGAGACUCUCUGUCCUGAUUAUCGUCACAAUCAUGAAUCCGUUACACUUUCUUUGACAAUCGGAGAAAUUCAAAGAGAAUCGGCGAUGCGACUAAAAGUCGAUCGAUAACAGCGCGACGACUUUAGCCUAGGCUCCAUGAUCGAAUGGCAAACAGGAGGAUUGCUCGUUUCUUUCCUCGAAGAAGAAUUCUCGUUGCUUCGGCGAUAUCUUCUGCUUGGCUGAGAACAGCGAAUUAUCAAAUUGCUAGAUCUAAGCGGAAAGACUUUAUAGCAGAGAAGAUACGAAAGAACAUGGAAAACCAAAAUAUAACUUGUACAUAUUA